AUGAGUACCUUGCUCUCCGCGAGCCUUGCAGCCUGCUUGCUUCUCAGAGCAGCAGCCUUCCCUGCUCAAGGGACUCAAUUUGCUACCAACACCUCGGCUCAGCAAAAUGCGGCCAUCUACAAUGCCGUGCCCGCAUCGGCCUGGACAGCCCUCAGUCAGGCUGUUGGUGGCAGACUACACUUUGCUUAUCCUGUCGCCAAGCCUUGCUACGCCAGCUACAAUGGUGCAGUCCAGGUUCCUGACGUUACAGCAUGCAAAACUGUGCAGUCGGGCUACAAGACCGACACUUACCUAGUAACACAACCCGGAGGUUACCUCAACACAAACUGGGGAACCUGUCAGGCCACAGAUGCCCAAUGCGCGCUGGACUACACGACGACCCUACCCAUCACUGGCCUGACCUGCUCUCAGGGCUCGGUGGCGCCACGAUACAUUCAGGUGCAGAAGCCGAGCGAUAUACAGGCUGCUAUGUACUUUUCCUUCCGAACAAAGGUGCCGCUCGUCAUCCGCAAUAGUGGUCACGAUUACAAGGGUCGGUCAUCUGCACCAAACAGCCUGAUGUUGUACAUGAACGAUUAUCCUGGCAGCAUCACCCGCAACAAAGCAUUCGUCGCACAAGGCUGUGCUGCCUCGACGGCAGUUGACAGUCUCACUUUUCCGAGUUCUACCGGCUUUGUGGAUCUAUAUGAGUACUGCGAAGCCAACGCCUGCACGGUCGUUGGUGGCUCGGCAGAAACGGUCAGACCGGGGGGCGGCUGGAUUACCGGCGCUGGUCAUUCGUCCAUCUCUAACACCUUGGGACUCGGAGUGGAUCUCGUAGUUGAGCUCACUGCGGUCGUCGGAACGGGUCAAGUCAUCGUAGCGAACAGAUGUCAAAACAGCGAUCUAUUCUUCGCCUUGCGCGGCGGUGGCGGUGGAAGCUUCGGCGUCAUCACGACCAUGACUACAAAGAUAUAUCCUCAGAUGCAGAUCCAGGCAGCUUACGUCAGACUAGCAAGCCUGUCACCCGCCAACUUGCAGACUUUCAUUUCCAUCUGUGUUCAGAAUGCGGAAGCUUGGGCGGCCGUCGGCUACGGAGGAUACAUCGAGCCAAGCGCCAUGUCUGGUCAGGCUUCUGGCCUCGUCCUGUUCACGCCAAAGGUCAACAACAGUGUCGCGCUUGCUGCAAUGAAGCCCAUGAUCGAUUAUGCGAACUCGCUCGGGAACCUCAAACUCAAUGCGGAAGUGACAUCGAUGCCAUCCUUUUUCAAGGCCUAUCAGACGUAUCUGACUCCCAACGAGGAGCUCGUCGGACUUGGCACUGCUAUUGGCAGCAGACUGAUACCCCGCGCGAAUUUCCAAGGCUCCGCAAAUCAGGCUACCCUGACCGCGACCAUCGUAAAGAUUGCCAAUCUGGUGAAUCUACCGGCUAUUUUGAAGGGUUCACCUCUGCUGUAUACUUAUGGCGCGCCGCUGCAAUUCCUCGUCACAGCGCCAUCAGGCUUCACUUUGUCUUCAAAUAAUACCUCGCCCGCUGGCAUGUCUGCAGUCACACCAGCAUGGCGCAACAGCCUAUGGCAUGUCUUUGUGAACAGCGUCUUCAGCAACUCUGCAUCAACAAGCGAUAUCGCUGCCUCCUUCCAGCGUGCACAUACCGCUGCUGAAAUGCUGCGGGCCAUCGCGCCAAAUUCAGGCGCAUACCAGAACGAAGCGGAUACCUUCUCAAGCAAUCCGAUCAAUGACUUUUGGUCGCCGACCAUAUACCCAGUACUUCUCAAGGCGAAGGCAAAGUACGAUCCUCAAAAUUUGCUUACAGGUCAUCAGACUGUGGGCUGGAACGCUACUGAUCCGCGAUACAACUGUUAUCCUGCCGCCCCUCAUCUGCGUGGGCUCCCGCAUAUUCGGCAUUCGCAGCGCGAUCGCGCUUUUUGGGAUCUCCGCUUUCUUGUCGAUGACGACGAUUCGAGGUCAUGGGUUAUAAGUAAGCCGCAGCUUUCCCUUUCAGCCAUCCUUUCCGCCGUAUUUCACUUUAGUCAAGCACCUACCAAUCUACUAGUACAAUGGAAUCUAUCAAGGGCGCCGUCAACAGUGCGACAGAGUCUGUGCAGUCCGCCACCAGCGGUGCCAGCAAGGAGGCCAACAAGAGCCAGGCCAAGGACUCGUCCAACUCCAUGGGCGACCGUGCCUCUGCCGCCAAGGACGCAGCAAAGGACAAGGCUGACGAGUCAAAGCACGAUGCCAAGUCAUAAAGCAGCACUCGCUUCUCCUCACGUUCAUAUGUCUCGAGUCGUUUAG